GUAGGGUCUGUGCGGGUUGGCGUCGGGUCCCCGGCCUGAGCCCGGCUAUGGCCCGCUGUGGCGCGGCGCCGGUCCUGUCCCUGGGGCUGGUCCUGGCCGCGGUGGCCUGGAAGCAGGGGCCGCCAGGCGUGCUCUCGCCCUGGCAGGGCUGCGCCGCGCUGGGCCGCUGCUGCCCAGGGCGAGACGCAGCGUGCUUCGCCCGCGGGCCCCCGCGCUGCUUCUGCGACGAGGCGUGCGGCGCGGCGCGGGACUGCUGCGCGGACUACGCGCGGGCCUGCCCAGCGGUCGCCUGUGCUGUGGCGGGGUGGAGUGGCUGGAGUCGCUGCGUCAAGCCCUGCCAGGUCUCCUACCGCGUUCGCCAGAGGCACAUCCUGCAGGAGCCGAGGAAUGGGGGUGUCCCCUGCCCCCCUCUGGAAGAACGGGCUGGCUGCGCGGAGUACUGGAGCCGCCAGGGCGUGGAGUGCCAGCAGUCCCUGCUCCCUGCUCUGGUAACCACUGGCAGCUACGGCAAAGAGCGGGGGAAGCGAGGUGUUCCCAGGAAGCAGGCCGCAGGAGGGUACUGCGUCCGGUUCCGACUGGGGCCCAUUCCAGGGAGCUGUGGGCAGGUGAAGGCACCCCACGCCCAGUGGACAAGGUAUCUGACCCAGGGCCACACGGUCUGUGUGAAGUGUGAAUGGCCUGCCCAGGACGCCAGGAGCCGGCGCUGCUACGGGGACGGCGGUGAGGCCAGAGGGAACAAGGUGUCGCUGUGGCAGGCGGCCGGCCACCCCCGGUGCCGAGGGGCCUGGGAGAGGCUGGGGCAGCUGCGGGAUUGUUCCUGCCCCGCCGUCCACAGCCUCGUCUUCAUCUAGCGUCUGGUCCCCAGCCGUCCUGGCCCUCUUCCCGAAGCCUCCCGAGGGGGCAGGAACCGAGGGACGAGCCAGCUGCGAUUCUGAGACUGCAGGAAAAGGCCUUGUCGUCAUGUUGACACUGAAAGUAGCUUUAGGGUCCCGCUAAGCGCGGGCUGAGUCCCAGCCCUGCUAAUGUGUCCUGCCAGUCCAGGACUUCCCAGAUCUCAUCGGAACAGCCUCUGGCCUUUGCCCUCUUCUCCUUAUUGUGCACUUAAGUUGUUAAGUUGACUCUCCAACCCCCUCUCCACUUUUUUUUUUUUUACUUAAAUAAAUUUAUUUUAAAAGAAAACUUAUACUUAAGUAUGUGUGCUUAAACAGGAAACAUUUUAUCACCAUUAUAAAUGAAAAUAAAUAGCAUGGCC